GCUGGAAGCAACCUGAAGGGAACUGCAGGUUGCCUAUCUAGUGAAAUUACGGUGCAGUCAACAGUUAUACACCCAAGGACGUCGAAAAGGGAAAAUUUGUUUCAUUCUACCAUAAACCAUGGUGAAAGACAAGAAGAAAAAAGAGAAGAAGGAGAAGAAGGAGAAGAAAAAGACCUCAUCACAGCAGCCCAAGGAAGCUGGAACGUAUUUCCCUGAAGCGCUGUUGGAAUAUCAAAUUCAGAUCAAAGAAGAGGUCAUCGAUCAGAUUCUGUAUGAAAUCAAACGCCUGGAAGAAAUAAAUGAGAGAUGCCACGAAAGAAACCAGCACCUAAAGGCAGAACAGACUGGGCAUAUCCGGGCACUCCUAACCACCCUGAAAGAGCAAGAGAAGAACUUAGAUAAGCUUGAGAUUGUUACUAGGGAGGACGUAGAUAAAGCCAUGAAGGACAAGUGGCAGUACGUUAAGGACCAAGAAAAAUUGCUCAAAGACCUGCGUUCUCAGAUCAGUCUUGUCGAGCAAAAACUUCUGGUGAAACAGGAAGAUAUGGAUUACUGGUUAGACUAUAAAAAAUUGGGGAGUGGCGACCAUGCCAAACAAAUAGAGAUCCUAGAACAAGACAUCAAGAAGCUAAAGGAAGACCUUGAGGAAAUGACAGAAUUUUUUAGAAAUGCUCUGGAAGAAACAAAGCAAAAAAUUGACAAAUACACUCUGAAGCAAAUGGAGCUAAAGAAAGAAUGGGCCACCGAGAAUGCCGUUAAACACAUUGACAGCAUCAGCUGCCGGGAGAUUAAAGAAUACGAGUGGCUAAAAGAAGAGGUUGCAAUUUACAGAAAAGAGGUGGAUGAACUGGAAGCUGCAGCCCAUGCCCUAGAGGAGGAAAAUAUCUAUCUCAUCAAGAAGCUCUUUGAUCGUAGACUGCAGUACCUUAGAGUACCCAGGAAAUUAUUCCUUACCCAGGGUGCUGGCCUGCAGAUUAGUGCAGAUGAAUUGGAAAAAAUGGAAUCCAAGGAGUCUCCAGAACAAAUGUAUCAUCUGCUGUAUCAAAAGGCACAAGGCGCUGUACCAAUCAUUCCCUUCCAUGGAAUAAACUCGCUGGGCUCUGCCAGUGAAAUUGUCCUCGCCACAGAGAUACAAGAAGAGGGAGAGCCAGAGGCAGAGUUUCCUUCCGAACUGGUUUAUCUGAGAGGACAAAUGGCCUCUCAAUUUCUUCCUCCACUCCUGUAUGAAGACACAAGUGAUUUCAAGGAAUACAAAGAGUUGGGUCCUUUGGAGGUAAAACUCAUGAGCGCAGUGGGCAGCGCCAUGCCCAUUCAUGAAGAUAUUAAACUGAUGCCAAGCAGAACCCAGAUGGAACAGAAAUAUGAUCGUACCAAGGCAUCUCGCAUCACCUACCGGAUGAUCAAGUCUGUAUUUCCUUGAGAGAAGGUAGAGACCAUUUUUUAAAAAAAAAAAUACACAAGCUUCAUGAUGUUGAGGUUUUUAAGCAAC